AUGAAUACAUCCUAUGAAAGCCCAGGACGCUCCUUCGGAGAUUCACUUGAUGCAUAUGAUGAAGCUUCAUUCAUAGAAAUGGACCCACAGUUAUCUUCCUCCAAGAGACUCUUUAAAGUCUCACAGGAUUUUGAUUUUACUAUAUCAGAGGCUCCUAUGGGCCUUGUUGAUGCCGAUGAGCUGAUUUUGAAUGGCUUCAUAGUGCCUGCUUUUGUAAACCAAGUGAAGACAGAUGCAUAUGAUGCUUCUGAUGAUCCAGCUCCAUCUUGUGCUUCCGCUUCCUCUUCCUCAAAAAAGUUGCAUUCAGUCUCGGAAUCAGGUAACAGGACUCGUGGUUCAUCAUUAAAGAAGUGUCGAAAAUUAUCCAAAAUUAUCCAAGCAGAUAUUCUUGAGGUACUUGCAUUUUCUUAA